CUUCCUACCUACCUACCUACCUUACGAAAAUCUUCCACCUUCCUACCUUCCUACCUACCACCCUCCUUUGCCAGGCGCGAUUGACCAACCUGCGAUGGAGAGCGACAGCGACUCUGAGGAGUUUCCUGAUAUUGAGGAUCUGAUCAAAUAUGGUCCUCGAUAUGACUUAUGCCAAGAACUGCGCGCAGAGCCACGCCUAGAGCUACGCCCAGAGCCACGCCUACAGCAGUUCAUCGAUUUGACAGUCUCCAGCAGUGAGAAUGGCGAUUCUAAUGAUGAAUCGGAAUGGGAAGGGUUUUUAGACAGCCCUGGCAAUGAAGAUGAAGCCCCUAGCAAUAGCGACGAAAAUCCCGGCAACGAAGAUUCCGGCGAGGAAGCCUCUGGCGAGGAAGAUUCUGGCGAGGAAGAUUCCAGCGAGGAAGAUUCUGGCGAGGAAGCCUCUGGCGAGGAAGAUUCCGGCGAGGAAGAUUCUGGCGAGGAAGAUUCUGGCGAGGAAGACUGUGACCUUGCCGUUUGACUUCUACUUCCUCUCGAAGGCAGGAUCCUACAAGAAAACGGCCUGAAUAUCUCUGCGGCAACUAUACAAGAGCUUUACAACUACCUGAACAAAUUGGUGAAGGAUUACAGAUAUGCCUUUAUUCAAAGCAAUGCGUUAGACU